AUGCCUCCCCACGAGAACCCCCCACCCAACGGCCGCAAGCCCCCCACCUCAACCUACUACAACGCCUUCACCCUCUCCUACUACGACAUCCACGUCUUAGGCCACAACAUGACGCGAAUAUGGCGCUGCCCUACAAAGUCUGUCCAACUCCCACUAUUCCAGAAAUACUUCUCGCCGCCAGAACACACAGAAGCCAGAUGCUGGGAGCAUCUCGACGUUGGUGCCGGGACGGGGUUUUUUGUUGCGGAGGCGCUGAAAUCCUGUCUGGGGAAUAGGCAGUCAAUGAGGAUCACGUUGAUGGAUAAUAAUCUUUCUACGCUGAAGAAGGCAAGGAGGAGGAUUGAGGGUGUGGUUGGCCGGUUGGGGGAGCUGGCUACGGUCGAGACGGUACUUCAUGAUGUGCUGGAUGGGGACAUACCCAAGAGUUUGGGAGAGGGGAGGUAUGACGUUGUGACGAUGUUUAACCUUUUUCAUUGUCUGCGGACCACGGCACCGGAGGGUAAAAAAGGGGUUUUUGGGAUGGCGGCGAGGUUGUUGAGGGGGGAUGGGGUGCUGGUUGGGUGUACUAUUUUGCCCGGGAGGGAGUAUCAAGCCCGGGGACUGGCGGGGGUGAGGGUGAGGUAUACAUUGUGGUUGUAUAAUCGGGUUUAUAAGGUUUUUGGGAAUGAGGGUGAUACGAGGGCACAGUUGGAGGAGGGGCUUAAGGCGGCUUUUGAGGAGGUGGAGGUGGAGGUGGUGGGGAGUAUGAUGAUUUUUGUUGCGAGGGGGCCGAAGAGGUUGGGGGUGGAGGGCUAG